GAGGCCCGGCCGGCGGGGGCGGGGGCGGGGGCCGCGCAGCCGGGACUUUGAGGAACUGCAGGGCAGGCGGCGGCCGAGUCGCCCGGCGCCCAGCGGCCGGGCCUGAGCGCUGAGGGCCGAGGCGCCGCCACCGCCCGCCGCCGUCGCCGUCCGCCGGGACCGGGCGGGACCAGCCGCCGCGCGGGAGAGCAGCCGGCCGUCCCGGGCCGCCCGCCCGCCCGCCAUGGCCACCAAGGCUCGGGUUAUGUAUGAUUUUUCUGCCGAACCUGGAAAUAAUGAACUGACAGUUAGUGAAGGAGAGAUCAUCACCAUUACGAACCCGGAUAUUGGUGGAGGAUGGCUGGAAGGAAGAAACAGCAAAGGAGAACAAGGACUUGUUCCCACAGACUAUGUGGAAAUUUUACCCAGUGAUGGAAAAGACCAGUUUUCGUGUGGGAAUUCUGUGGCUGACCAAGCCUUUCUUGAUUCCCUCUCCGCGAGUACAGCAGCACAAGCCAGCUCAUCUGCAGCCAGCAAUGCUAACCAGGUUGGUAGUGGUAAUGACCCCUGGUCAGCCUGGAGCACCCCUAAAUCUGGGAACUGGGACAGCUCAGAUGGCUGGGGGGCCAAGCCAGAGGCGACGGGUGCUCAGAGAAACACUUCCAACAACUGGGACGCCGCCUUCGGCCACCCUCAGGCCUACCAGGGACCAGCCACUGGCGAUGACGAUGACUGGGACGAAGACUGGGACGAGCCCAAGUCCUCUUACUUCAAGGAUUCAGAAGCAGCUGAUGCCGGCGGGGCCCAGCGAGGAAGCGCGCGGCCGGGCUCCUCAUCCAUGAAGCUGCCACUUAACAAGUUUCCUGGAUUUGCAAAACCUGGAAUGGAACAAUAUUUGUUGGCCAAGCAACUAGCAAAACCCAAAGAGAAAAUUCCCAUCAUUGUUGGAGAUUAUGGCCCCAUGUGGGUUUACCCUACCUCUACCUUCGACUGUGUGGUAGCAGAUCCUAGGAAAGGCUCCAAGAUGUAUGGUCUGAAGAGCUACAUUGAGUAUCAGCUGACCCCCACUAACACUAAUCGAUCUGUAAACCACAGGUACAAGCACUUUGACUGGUUGUAUGAACGUCUCCUAGUUAAGUUUGGAUCAGCCAUUCCGAUUCCUUCUCUUCCAGAUAAGCAGGUCACAGGUCGCUUUGAAGAAGAGUUUAUCAAAAUGCGCAUGGAGCGGCUUCAGGCCUGGAUGACAAGGAUGUGCCGUCACCCGGUGAUCUCAGAAAGCGAGCUCUUCCAGCAGUUCCUGAGCUUCCGCGACGAGAAGGAAUGGAAAACCGGAAAGAGGAAGGCGGAAAAAGAUGAGCUGGUGGGAGUUAUGAUAUUUUCCACGAUGGAACCUGAGGCCCCUGACUUGGACCUGAUAGAAAUAGAACAGAAGUGCGACGCGGUGGGGAAGUUCACCAAGGCCAUGGAUGACGGCGUGAAGGAGCUGCUCACCGUGGGCCAGGAGCACUGGAAGCGCUGCACCGGGCCACUACCCAAGGAAUACCAGAAGAUAGGAAAGGCCUUGCAGGGCUUAGCCACGGUGUUUAGUUCUAGUGGUUACCAAGGUGAGACAGACCUCAAUGAUGCAAUCACAGAAGCAGGAAAGACCUACGAGGAGAUCGCCAGUCUUGUGGCAGAGCAGCCAAAGAAGGACCUUCACUUCCUGAUGGAGUGCAACCACGAGUACAAAGGCUUUCUCGGCUGCUUCCCAGAUAUCAUUGGUGCUCACAAGGGAGCCAUAGAAAAGGUGAAGGAAAGUGACAAGCUAGUUGCAACAAGCAAAAUCACUCCACAGGACAAGCAGACUAUGGUGAAGCGAGUGGGCAUCAUGUCUUACGCUUUGCAAGCUGAGAUGAAUCACUUCCACAGUAACCGGAUCUAUGACUACAACAGUGUGAUCCGCCUCUACCUGGAGCAGCAGGUGCAGUUCUAUGAAACGAUCGCAGAGAAGCUGAGGCAGGCCCUCGGCCGCUUCCCCGUCCUGUAGAGCGAACGGAACAUGAAGAAACGCCGAAGUGCUUCUUUCUGACUUGGGCAGUCACCAGAGUCGUCUUAGUUUCCUCCCUCAUAAAAAAAAAGAGAAAACCCGAAAGAAACAAACAGAAAGAAAACCAAAAACAAGAGAGAGUUUUCCACAGUGUUUUCUGUUAGUGAAUUGCCUGCACACGCAGCACGCCGCCGCGGACGGGCAUCGUGUGAUUUGCACCCGUGGAAACCGUCUCGAUCUUUGCACGGCCUUACUCGGGUUUGUCAGGAUUUGGGAUGGAGCGUAGGGGACGGUGCCCUCCACAGACAGUCUCCAUAGAAUCCAAGUUUACGUUACAGUGAUCUUACAGUUGUCACCCAAUGUCAGAUAAUUAAUCACUAAUUGCUUUCUUAAAAUUAUAAACUAUGCCAGAAUAAAAAGAUAUAUGUUUGUAUAUUUUUAUAACUUUUGGUCCUUUGGGUUCCUGGCUGCUCAGGACAGCCUGCCCCUCCCCCGCCCCCAUGACACAGCUGUCACUCAAGUGCUCUAUCUCAGGAGGGGGAACACGGGCCCCCCAGGCUCCCUGCAUCCCUGAGAUGCGUGGCAGGGCCCCGUGCCUGUCCGCCCUCGCCUGCCUGCGGGGUCGCGGAGCCGCGCUGCUCCCCCGGAGAUCCACGGGGUCCUCCCGCGAGGCAGGUUUCCUACUAGAAAGAGGAAGUUAGGAACUUCCCGACCGCUUCCCCGGCUCGUGCGCCCCCGCAGUGCCCGAGAGCCGCAGGAGGAACGGCUGCCUAGAGCCUCCGGCCUCGUGCCUCACCUCAGCGCCUGCCCAGCAGCCGCGAGGCGGCGUGCUGCUCAGGGCCCGGUGGUAGAGAGCCGUGGUGAAAACCAGGGUGCCCUUGCUCCCCAAGUGAGGGCGUUUAGGACUGCACGGAGUAGUGCCUGCACAAGCCGCAGUGGCGUGAAGAGCGACGCAGUGCUUAUCCCGACGGUCAGAGGGGGUGUCCUGACCCGGUACACCGCUGAUCUGCCCACCCACCGCCUCCGCCUGCAGGCCAGCCCCGCCCGCCACCACUGCCUUACCACCCGACCUGCUGAUCCUAGUCCAGAGGACGCCACGUCUGGGCCCACGUAAAGAAGUGAAACCAAAAACUAGGUAGAUGAGGAACUCAGCGAACAUGAACGUGAGAACUUGCUGUUCUUCAGUAGCACGGGUUUUGUUCAUGUUUUAUAAGUAGUUUUCCCCACUUGAUCUUUCUUUUAUAAAAUCCCAUAGAACAAUGUUUAUGACACAGCCAUUUAAUAUAUGUACAAAUUGUAAAGAAUAUGUAUAUUUUACACAAAUGUAAAAGCAUGUAGAAGCCAACAUAUAAAUAAAUUGUUUAAAAAACUGUA